AUGUGUGUUCAACCGUCUCGGCUUCGCCGUCGCGGGCUCCUCGCUCUCUCUCUCCUUCUUUUGUCGUGCUGCACAGCAGUCGGCCCGCCCAAAGCUUCCGGUUUUUCGGUCCUCGCUCACGCGGCUGACUGGGGCUUCUUAUCUUCGCCGUCGCUUGCUUCUUCGCCGUCGCUUGCUUCUUCGCCGUCGCUUGCUUCUUCGCCGUCGCUUGCUUCUUCGCCGUCUCUCUCUCGUCUGCUGGCAGGCAGCGGCGCUUCUUCCACGACGACGCACGCUCGAGUCUCCCUUGAGGACGUGGCCAAGUUUUAUCGGAGAGACGGACAGUUGGUGGCGCUAGAGGGAAAUCUAGUUCCAGGGAGCAUUUUGUCGACGGGGUCUGCGACACUGGAGGUGUCUGUGCGUCUCACUGGCGUGGAGGCUCUGGCGGCCGUGGAAGCCCUUGCAGAGGGGCGAGAGGGAUCGAAACUCGAGGAUGUUCCGCAACAGAUAGCCUCCCCUGCGUCCGCUGGAGCCUCGCCCGUCUCGUUCUCCCUUCGUAUCGACGUCUUCGCGUCAGCGCCUCCCCUGGUGUUUGCCAAAGUGAACGACGCUUCUGCGGACUCCGCGACGCCUCGCCGACAACCCUCUGCAGCCCACGGGCCGUCAAGCGUCGCGACACCGGAAGUCCUAGACGCGUACGACGGCGCUUCGGUCUGCAGUUGGCUGGAGGGCUCUCCCCUGGACAACGCACCCCACAUCUAUUCGGCCUCUCUCCUCCUUCCCGUCUCCCUCAGUGCGUCUCCUCUCUUCUAUGACGAAGCCGCUGUCUCUCUCCUGGACCCCUCGCGGGCCUGGAAAAGCAACGGACACCCCCAGCGCCCAGACCUCGCUCCCGACGCAAGGACGGACACAGGCGUUUCGGCGGAAGCCUCUUCAGGCGAGAAGCUGCGCACGACGAUUGUGAAACGUCUCCGGCAAAAGCUGGAGGAAAUUGAGAGACGGAGAGACGCCAACCGCGACGCAGCUUCUUCGAGGCUUCCCGGCGACCUCCCAGUUCUCGGCCCUGUGCGUCUUUCGCUGUGGGGGGGAGAGACUCGAGGGGCUGGGAACGCGGCAACUUCCAAGACUCUGGAUCUCGCGAUCACCCUACCGCAUGCAUCGAGAGGGGAACAGAGAGGGUUUGCAGGAAGCAGCUACGAGGAAGGCGGAGACGCGCUUCUCGCGGCUGUAGACCGCGCAUUUGGUUCCGCGGCAGCUGCUGGUGCUUCCGCCCCUCAAAAAGUCCUCCUUCUGGUGUCUCUGCAGCCGCCCCCUCCCGCGGCUGUCGCGGCACCGGAAUCCGCCGAGAACGGCUUCCCAGCGAAGGGAAAUGGAGAGGCAGAGACAAAACCUGUGGACGCAAAAAACGGUUUGCCGAAGCCUUCAGCUGCGGCGCCCGCGUGUGCGCUGCUGAGCGCGAAUCCGAAUCUGUUGAAGACUGCAACCGCAACGGAAGCCGCCGUUGUCCCAACACGGGGGCGAUUGUCGGGGGACAGCCAGGCGCCUUCGAACGAAGUAUCCAUACACCGCGCAGUCGGGGGAAACGAGUCCGGAGAAGCCAGCACAGUCGACGUGGUCCUUUCGCCAGACACAAACGGCAUUUCUUUGAUUCGCAUCAACCUGGACUCAAUGCAGAACGGAGGGGAGCCAGCGCAACGCGGCGUCCAGCGUCAAGGGAAGGGCGGUCAGACAGAAGAAAUCGCAGAGAACGAGGAAGGCCGGAAGAAAUCGGAGAGUCUCGGAACCGGGCUUCUCUUCGUCGAGCUUGACGACGCUUCUCCGGAAGAAAUCCCACAAGUUUUAGUUUGUCAAAAGCCAUACAAAAGCUGCACAGGGAUUUCGAGUUUUCGUCUCGCGCCGUUCCUGGACAGGGGCUCCGUGCCAGGGGCCUACCGUGCGCCGCUGCUGCUCUACCAGGAAGAACGCGAGAGGGCCUUGUCGCCUUUCUCCUUUUUUCCGCAACUCCGCACGCACUGGCUACUGCCCCUCCUGCUUUUGCCGACUGCGGGCGCCUCUGGAAGCGAAGGCGAGACGGGCGAAGAAACGAGGCAGCGGGGGGAAGGCCACGCUCAAGGAGUCUCCGGCGUUACAGUGCUCCUCCUGUUCCCUCCAGCGAUGAAAGGGAAGAAAUGGAAUUUCCGAUUCGGCGUUCUUCGCCCUCGCCCCCUCACUGUCGGGUCGAAAGACACGCAGUCUGCUCGGGCCACCUCGACUCCUGUUUCUCCUGUGUCUCCUGUCUCCUCUAACUCGCCUGCGUCGCCCUCUUCCCCGAACCGUGUUUCGCCUCCCGCUCCCUCCCCUUCUUCUCCUUCUCCGGCUCCUCCGACUUUUUUGUGGCUGUUUUUGCUUCUCUUCAUUUCGUCGGCGGCCAUGCUGACGGCGGUCAAGCUGGUGCUGUACAUGGAUACCGCGCGUUUGUCUCGGCCCGCGAAUGCGUUUCUGCCCUCGGUGUUUCCAGGCGAUCUCGAUGCCGGCGCGUCGCCUGCGGCCGGAGACAGCGCGGGGCUGGCCGCGAGCGACGCGCGCAUCUGGCGGAGCCUCUCGCCGAGCCCCGCCGCGCGUGCGAGCGAGGCAGCCGCUGGAGAAGGGCGAAGCGCGCUCGCGUCCUUCGCUCCCCUCGCUCCCUUCGCCCUGGAGAAGUCGUUUCGAAGCCCCUUUGGAGGCGCGACGCAGGGGCGGAGCGAGGGACGCCGCCCGCUCUUGUUCCGGGAGGACGACGCGCGACAGGAGACAGGGGACCGGGCCGCGGCAAAAGGUGCGGGCCUGGUGCGUCUGCCGAGCUGGGAGAAGGCCUUCUCCUGCAAGGAUGAGUCGCCGUUUCUCGAGCUGCAGGAAACGACGCAGAAAGGCUUCCGCCUUCUGUCGAGUGGGAAGGGCGGCCUCGCUGAGGCCCCGCCGCGGGCGUGGCACACGCGCGGCCAGAAGACGUCCGCGCACACACCGAGUUUGUGGCGAGAAUCCCCCUGGGAGGUUUUUGCCUGGCCAGCCUUCCCCACUGCGGAGGCGCAGGGCGGAGCAGAGACAGCCCGCGAAGGUUUCGCCUUAGGAGCAGAAAGGGCGGGGCGAGACAGAGACAGCGGCGCAAGUGGGCCGCGGGAGACAGUCGCGACCGACGAAGCUGCGCUCUUCGACACCCUCUUCAGCUUCAAAGACGAAAAGGAGCGGAAAGCCGAAGAGAAAGAGAUGGAGACCACGCGGACGGCCACCUCGAGAGAGAAAGACUCCACCCACCACAGUGGAGACGAGCCGAGCGAAUUUCCUUCGUUUCCGGAUUUGACCCCGUCAUUCGGCGACACCCCGGGAACCCCCUUCAGCUCCGACGCCUGCAGCUCGAGAGCAGACGGCGUUGCGUGGCCGUUCGAUGAGAACUCAGAUCCGUUUUUCUGUGCUUCUGAGGGCAGUAAGACUUCCGUGCCCGCGAGUCUCAGCUCUUCGAUGGAGUCGCAAGGUGCGGGAGGCGAUGAAGGAGAGGCGAAGAGAGGACGGAGCCGAAAGGCAGAGCGUGCAAGCGAGAUGGACAGGGAAAGGUUCGAGCAGUGCGGAGAGGAGAGAGUGCGACUGAUGCGUGAACCAGACGGAGAGGGAGCGAAGGCUCUGUGGGGAGCGGACGGGCCUGAGUGGAGAAAGAACUCGAGGAGAGGAGACGGCGACACAGGGCGAAGAGAGAGAGGAGUUGGAGAGGGAAGGGAUAGAGCGCCUGACGAGGAAGGCCUCCCCUCUCGCAACUGGCGAAGAAUCGUAGAUCCACUCGGGGACUCGGGUAACGCGUACGAAGUGACGUAUCGUGGAGACAGCGCCCUCGUCGAGGUGGCUACCACGACGGAAGGCGACGAAGCGGAUGGGAGACAAGAGAGUCUGUUGUGUAAGUACAGCCCAGACGAGGAGUUCCGGUGA